GUGUAGGUUUUAGUGAAUCUGGAAAAAGCAAAUGCGCACAUUAGCACUUGUUCAUCUAUGCUUCUUCUUCCUUUCCUUCGACAAGUAUUAACACCUUAAAGUUAAACUCUUAUUCUGCACUACCAUUACAACCAUGCGUACCCUUCUCAUCCUCGUGCUACUGUGCGCACACUUCUUAUCCUGCGCCCGGUGCGGCUCCGUCACGGAGAUCCAAGCCUUAACGUCGUUCAAGCUCAACCUCCACGACCCUCUCGGCGCGCUUAGCGCCUGGGACCCGUCAACGCCGUUAGCACCGUGCGACUGGCGCGGCGUUUCGUGCAAAAACGACCGAGUUACUGAGUUACGCUUGCCUCGUCUCCAACUCAGUGGCCAACUCGGUGACCGCAUUUCAGACCUACGCAUGCUUCGAAGGCUAAGCCUUCGUUCCAACUCCUUCAACGGCACUAUCCCCCACGCGCUCUCGAAAUGCACGCUCCUACGCGCUUUGUUCCUAGAAUACAACUCUUUCUCCGGGGAACUCCCGCCGGAGAUCGGAAACCUCGCCGGACUGCAGAUUCUUAACGUCGCCGGGAACAACCUCUCCGGCGAAAUCCCCAGCGAACUACCUCUCCGUUUGAAGUACAUCGACCUCUCCGCGAACGCCUUCUCCGGCGAGAUUCCGAGCUCCGUCGCGGGAAUCUCCGAGCUUCAGCUUAUCAACCUGUCGUACAACAAAUUCUCCGGCCUGAUUCCGGCGCGAAUCGGAGAGCUUCAGAAUCUGCAAUACCUCUGGCUCGAUUAUAACCUUCUCGGAGGAACGUUACCUUCCUCGCUCGCGAAUUGUUCCUCGCUCGUGCAUUUGAGCGUCGAAGGGAACGCGCUCGCCGGCGUAUUGCCGGCGACGAUUUCGGCUCUGCCGAAUCUUCAGGUGCUGUCCCUCGCGCAGAACGAUUUCACCGGCGCCGUCCCGGCUUCCGUUUUCUGCAACGUUUCGCUCGCAGCGCCGUCGCUUCGCAUCGUUCAGUUAGGUUUUAACGGUUUCACGGACUUCGCGUGGUCUCAGGAAGCCACGUGUUUCAGCGCGCUUGAGAUUUUGAAUAUUCAGAGCAAUCGCGUGCGCGGCAAGUUUCCGCUGUGGUUAACCAGCGUGAAAACGUUGUCGGUUCUCGAUGUCUCCGGCAACGCGCUUUCCGGCGAGAUUCCGCCGGAAAUUGGAAGACACGAGAAAUUGGAAGAGUUAAGGAUGGCCAACAAUUCUUUCUCCGGUAAGAUUCCGCCGGAAAUUGUGAAAUGUAGGUCCCUGCGUGUUGUUGAUUUUGAAGGUAACCGGUUUUCCGGCGAGGUUCCUUCGUUUUUUGGUAAUCUGACAGGGUUGGAGGUUUUAUCUCUCGGCGGGAACCACUUCACUGGUUCUGUUCCGGUGAGUUUUGGUGAGCUUGCGUCUCUUGAAACCUUGAGUUUGAGGGGUAAUAGAUUGAAUGGUACAAUGCCAGAGGAGGUGAUGGGGUUGAAUAAUUUGACAAUACUAGACCUUAGUGGAAACAAAUUUUCAGGUCAUGUUUCUGGGAGAAUUGGGAAUCUGAGUAAGCUAAUGGUUCUGAAUCUUAGUGGCAAUGGUUUCUAUGGAGAAAUUCCUACUAGUUUGGGGAAUCUUUUCAGGCUAACUACGCUUGACUUGAGCAAACAGAAUCUCUCUGGUGAAUUGCCAUUUGAGAUUUCGGGGCUUCCAAGUUUGCAGAUUAUUGCUCUUCAAGAGAACAAGUUGUCUGGGGUGAUCCCUGAAGGUUUUAGCAGCUUGACCAGUUUGAAAUAUGUGAACCUAAGCUCUAACGAGUUUUCAGGGCAUGUCCCUAAGAACUAUGGCUUUAUUCGAUCAUUGGUUGUUCUUUCACUGUCUGAUAACCGCAUCACAGGAAUGAUUCCCCCGGAAAUUGGAAACUGCUCUGACAUUGAAACUCUCGAGCUUGGAUCAAACAAUUUGGGGGGUCCCAUUCCCUCGGAUCUCUCUGGCCUUGCCCAUUUGAAAGUGCUCGACUUGAGUAGUAACAAUUUAACUGGGGCUUUUCCUGAGGAUAUCUUCAAAUGCAGACGGUUAACUGUUUUGUUAGCAGAUCACAACCAACUUUCUGGUGCUAUACGAGGGUCAUUGGCAGAGCUAUCAUAUCUAACAAUGCUGGAUCUCUCUGCCAACAAAUUGAGCGGAGAAAUCCCAAGUAAUCUAAACACGAUCCCUGGUUUGGUGUACUUCAAUGUCUCGGGCAAUAACCUGGAAGGUGAGAUUCCACCAAUGCUGGGUUCUAAAUUCAACGACCCUUCUGCAUUUUCAAACAACCAGAACUUGUGUGGGAAGCCAUUGGACAGAAAGUGCGAAGAGACAGACAGUGGGGAGAGAAAUAGGUUAAUAGUGUUGAUCAUUAUCAUCGCAGUUGGAGCUUGCUUAUUGGCACUGUGUUGCUGCUUCUACAUCUUCACGCUUCUCCGAUGGCGCAGAAGGAUCAAAGCAGCAGUGUCCGGGGAGAAAAAAAAGAGCCCUAGAACGAGUUCGGGAACGAGCCAAGGUCGCAGUAGCACCGACACCAACGGGCCAAAACUCGUCAUGUUCAACACCAAAAUCACACUCGCCGAAACCAUCGAAGCCACGAGGCAAUUCGACGAAGAGAACGUGUUAAGCAGAACAAGACACGGCCUAGUAUUCAAAGCCUGCUACAACGACGGAAUGGUCCUCUCCAUCCGCAAGCUCCAUGAUGGUUCAUUAGACGAAAACAUGUUCAGAAAAGAAGCUGAAUCGCUGGGGAAAAUCAGGCACCGAAACCUAACCGUUCUCAGAGGCUACUACGCUGGCCCACCAGAUACAAGACUCUUGGUCUACGACUACAUGCCAAAUGGAAACCUCGCAACGUUGCUCCAAGAAGCUUCUCACCUUGAUGGCCAUGUUCUGAAUUGGCCAAUGCGACACCUCAUUGCACUAGGAAUCGCACGCGGGGUAGCGUUUCUGCACCAAUCAUCACUUAUCCAUGGUGACAUCAAGCCCCAAAAUGUUCUCUUUGAUGCGGAUUUCGAAGCCCAUUUAUCAGAUUUCGGGCUAGAAAAAUUAACCUUGUCGAACCCAGUUGAAGCGUCGAGUUCAAGUGCUUCAGUUGGGACACUGGGUUAUGUGUCCCCAGAGGUGGUGUUAACAGGGGAAGCCACGAAGGAGUGUGACGUGUACAGCUUCGGCAUCGUGUUGCUGGAGCUUCUGACUGGGAAGAGGCCAGUGAUGUUCUCGCAGGAGGAGGAUAUAGUGAAGUGGGUGAAGAAACAGUUGCAGAAGGGGCAAAUCACGGAGCUGCUAGAGCCUGGUUUGUUUGAACUGGACCCCGAAUCUUCGGAAUGGGAAGAGUUCUUGCUGGGUGUGAAAGUGGGUUUGCUUUGCACUGCGCCAGAUCCUCUUGAUCGACCAACAAUGUCUGACAUUGUGUUCAUGCUCGAAGGGUGUCGUGUUGGACCAGAUAUUGCGUCCUCUGCUGCACCCACCACGCAACCUUCUCCGGUGUGACAAGAAAGAGAAGGUUUGUUAAUUUGACGAGUUUACGUAGUGGUCAGAGAUAUUCUACAUUCAUAUGUUAGGAAUGAUCUUUUUAGUGAGAAAUUAUCGAAAACUCAUCAGGUCAGCACAUUACAAGACGGAGAUUAGUCUCUACCCUCUAGCAUAAAAUUAAUCUUUAGUUAAGUGGAUACAGCAUGCAUGUGGUUCCAAAGUUUGACUUUGUUUUAUUGGUUUAGAAAUUAGAACCGAUACAGUAGGUCCAGGUUGUGGUGUUCUUAGCUGGAAUGGAAUUCUUUCUGCAUGGAAAAGAGAAAAAAGGAACAUUUCUUUUCUUUUGCGGUUUGGUGAAUGAGUAUGGACAAUUCUGAGUGUUUGCUUCGAGUGAAGAACUCGGGAUCGGAGGUGGCGGUGUGGUGAACACAGGUGGUGAUGUCAAAGUCUUUUUGACAAUGCAGGGUGGAUUUGACACGUAGGAUAGAAGUAGAAUUGGUGUUUUAUGACGUAGUUGUAGUUGUGGGGUCACAGCUGGUGAAAACUUUGUAGUGUCAGAGGUUGAUUCUGUUGCUACCAAGGAUAGGGUGUCGUGUAGUGUUCUCGGAUGAGUUUCUUGACGCUACACGUGGCUCUCACUGUUGUCCUAAUUGUUGAGAGAGAAAAAUGGAAACAAGGAUUGGAAGUCUCUCAAAUCUCAAUUAUUAGGUACUGUGUAGAGUGGCCCCGAUUUAUUUUAUUUGGAUUAUUGCAAUGUGAUCUGUCAUUUUGACCAUUUUUUUGGUUUUGGGCGUGUAUCAGAACAGGGGAGGGAAACAUAGGAAAAAGAGAAAGUAAUCAUUUGUACUACUGCAAUGCUGUUCUUUCAAACUUGUUUCAAUUUAAUUAUUCCAUACUUUUAA